AUGGCUUGGUUUGCUGUAAGUUCAGUGAUGCGAACAAUAGAGCUUGAGUUCCUGCAACCUCAUCCACGUCUUGUUCUUGAUGACCAGAAAGAAGCAGAAGCAGUGGAAGGUCUCCACCGAAGGCUUGCUCAGUUGCUAGCCUUUCUUGAUAAUGAUUCUGAGAAUCAAUUGAAUGAUGAUGACGAGACGACUAAAGAGUGGAAAGGGAGACUUAAAGAGGUUGCACUAAGAAUAGAAGACGACAUUGAAUCAGAAAUAAUUUAUAGGUAUGGCACAGAGCAGCCGAGAUCGCCAUUGAUUGGAAGACUUCGCAAGUACAUACAACAUAAAAGAUUCCUUAAAAUCUUGCGAAAUGCAAUGGAAUGCACCGGAGAGUUUAUGGAGUUCGUGAAGAACAAACAGCCGAUGGAAGAUUUGCAAAUAAAAGAUGAUAAUGAUACUGCUUCUUUGUUCAGUGAAAAUAGUGAGCUUUAUCAUCAUUCUGCUGGUUCAAAGCUUCGGAGCACAACACUGGUAGGACGUCAUGAGGAAGUGAAUCUGAUAAAGGAGCUACUUCUUCAAGAAUCACGGAGAGAAAGAAGGGUUGUGCUCAUUGUUGGCAUGGGAGGUAUAGGUAAGACAAAGCUUGCUCAAACAAUUUGA